AUCAUCCCCAUCCGCUGCUUUUCCUGCGGCAAAGUCAUCGGCGACAAGUGGGACCAAUACAUGAUGCUGCUCUUGGCGGAUGUCAAAGAAGGCGAGGCCCUGACGCAGCUUGGCCUGCGACGAUAUUGCUGCCGAAGGAUGGUCCUUACUCAUGUCGACCUGAUUGAAAAGCUUCUGCAUUACAAU